AUGGGAAAAUGUGACGAAGCUAAUGUCGAAGUCAGUAUGGGGGACUCGGCGUCCCCCAUGAAGCCAGACAACUUUUCAUUUACCGUGCCCCCGGAGGCUCCUGUCUUCGAGCCAACGCCGGAAGAAUUCCUGGACCCCCUUGCGUACAUCAGUAAAAUUCGACCUAUCGCCGAGAAAUCGGGGAUAUGCAAGAUCAAACCGCCAGCCCACUGGCAACCACCCUUUGCUGUGGAUGUGGAUCGUCUCAGGUUCACUCCUCGGAUUCAACGGUUAAAUGAAUUGGAGGCAAUAACCCGGGUGAAGUUAAACUUCCUAGACCAGAUCAUCAAGUUUUGGGAGUUACAAGGCUCCGUGCUGAAAAUCCCGACAGUGGAGCGUAAGCCGCUCGACUUAUAUGCCUUGCACAAGAUUGUCAGAGAAGCAGGUGGUUUCGAUGUAUGCACAUCGGAGCGCAAGUGGUCGAAGAUCGCGCGGCGCAUGGGCCACCCGCAAGGCAAAGGCAUCGGCUCCAUUCUGAAGAGCCACUACGAGCGCAUCCUUUAUCCUUACGACGUUUUCAAGAGCAACGGUGCCAUCGGAGACAGCAAGGAGACGAAAAUCGAGGUAAAAGGCGAGCAGACGCCCGAGAAGGCCACCACGACGCGCAGCCGGUCGGCGUCGAAGUGCCCCCCCGCGGCCACGCCGCCGCCCCUGCGGCGCUACAAGCCGGCGGAGCCCGAGCCCGCCGCCGAGGGCAGCCACGCCGAGGGCGCCCUGGCCGACCCCGAGAAGACGCCGGUGAAGGUGAAGGAGGAGAGCCCCGAGACGCGGCGCAGCCCGCGCGAGAACAAGUGGAUGUCGGCGGCGGGCAGCUGCGGCUCGCGCGCGCGCGUCACGCGCUCCACGCGGCUGCGCGAGCACCGCAUGUCCAACAUGACGGUGUCCGUGACGCCCGCGCCCGAGGCGGCCGCGUCGCCGCCGCACCCGCUGCACCCGCUGCACCCGCUGCUGCCGCUGCACCCGCUGCAGCGCGAGCCGCACGACCCGCUGGCGAAGUACAUGUGCCGCGUGUGCGGGCGCGGCGACAUCGAGGAGCAGAUGCUGCUGUGCGACGGCUGCGACGACUCCUACCACACCUUCUGCCUGCUGCCGCCGCUGCACGACGUGCCCAAGGGGGACUGGCGCUGCCCGGUCUGCAUCGCCGAGGAGGUGUCGAAGCCGACCGAGGCGUUCGGCUUCGAGCAGGCCAGCCGCGAAUACACGCUGCAGCAGUUCGGGGAGAUGGCCGAUCAGUUCAAAUCAGACUACUUUAACAUGCCUGUACACAUGGUGCCGACAUCAACCGUCGAGAAAGAGUUCUGGCGAAUUGUUUCAUCGAUUGACGAGGACGUCACCGUCGAGUACGGCGCCGACCUGCACUCCAUGGACCAUGGCUCUGGGUUCCCGACCAAGUCGAGCGCGCACCUGUACCCCGGCGAGCAACAGUACGCCGAGUCCAGCUGGAACUUGAACAACCUACCCGUGCUGGAGGGCUCCGUGCUCGGACACAUCAACGCAGACAUUUCGGGCAUGAAGGUGCCAUGGCUGUAUGUAGGCAUGUGCUUCGCGACGUUCUGCUGGCACAACGAGGAUCACUGGAGCUACUCUAUAAACUACCUGCAUUGGGGAGAACCGAAGACGUGGUAUGGAGUCCCAGGGUCAAAAGCAGAGCAGUUCGAAGCGGCGAUGAAGGCCGAAGCCCCCGAACUGUUCCAUCUUCAGCCAGAUCUUCUUCAUCAGCUCGUCACCAUCAUGAACCCUAAUAUACUCAUGAAGGCCGGGGUGCCAGUGUACAGAACGGAUCAGCACGCGGGCGAGUUCGUAAUCACGUUCCCUCGCGCGUACCACGCCGGCUUCAACCAGGGCUACAAUUUUGCGGAGGCCGUGAACUUCACACCGGCCGACUGGCUGCGCAUGGGCCGCGAGUGCAUCCUGCACUACUCGACGCUGCGGCGCUACUGCGUGUUCUCGCACGACGAGCUGGUGUGCAAGAUGGCGCUGUCGGCCGACGCGCUGUCGCUGAGCGUGGCGCUGGCCGCCUACCGCGACCUGCGCGCCAUGCUGCACGACGAGCGCAAGCUGCGCAAGGCGCUGCUCGACUGGGGCGUGACGGAGGCCGAGCGCGAGGCGUUCGAGCUGCUGCCCGACGACGAGCGCCAGUGCCAGCUGUGCAAGACCACGUGCUUCCUGUCGUGCGUCACGUGCCCCUGCACGCCGCACGUGGCGUGCCUGCGCCACCACGCCGAGCUCUGCGCCUGCGCGCCCGUCAAGCACAAGCUGCGGUACCGCUACACCCUGGACGAGUUGCCGGCCAUGCUGGAGAAGCUGAAGAAGAAGUCCGAUCAGUUCCGCGAGUGGGCCGAGGCCGUGCAGAACGCCCUGGACCCGGACACGCCCAAGACCUGCGACCUGGACGGCUUGAGAGCGCACUUGAAGAGAGCUCACGAUCUCAAGAUGCACAAAACCGAGCUAGUGCGAGCUCUAGAAACGGCAAUAGAAGACGCCGAGAAAUGCGCUUCAGUGAUACAACAGCUGGAUUUGAACAAAAUGCGCACCCGGACCAGACACCACGACCCCAAAUACAGGCUCACUAUCCAUGAGUUAACUUUGUUCGCUGCCGAAAUCGAUGGUCUAGCCUGCGUCUUACCUGAAGGCUCAGCAGUUAAAGAAGUAUUGCGUCAGACAGCGGAGUUUGAGUCAAAAGCCGCGGACAUUCUGAACAAAGAACUUGAUCAAACCGACCCCGCUAGUGUCAGAGAGCUUGAAGAGGUGGUAGAGCUUGGCUCUCGACUGUGCAUCGUGCUGCCGCAGCUGCCUCCUCUGCAAGCCUACCAUCAACAAGUUAGGUUCCUGGAGGAGGUACGGAUGUACAAGGAGGACUGCUCAACGCUCACGCCGGAGGUCAUCGAUCGUUUGCUGCAGGAGGCCGCCACAGUCGUCCCGCACCACAAAAUCGAGUUGGAACGAUCAUUGCUUUAUAAAUUGAAAGCACAAGUAGAGGACUGGGAAAGCCGAGCGAAAGCAGUCCUAGUGGAAAGUUCGAAGCCGCCGCGCGAUCCGCGCGAUGAGACCGAGCCUCAGUACACAACACUGGCCGAGCUGGACGCGCUGCUGGCCGAGGGCGACGAAAUCGACGCGGCACUGCCCUCCUACCACGCUUUGCAGACCGCCGUCAGCCACGCCAAGGACUGGCUGACCAAGGUGGAGGAGAUGCAGUCGAAGGAUCUGUACCCGUACAUGCACAGCGUGGAGGCGGUGUGGCGCCGCGGCGCGCAGCUGCCGCUGGCGCUCUUCGAGAAGGACCAGCUGCACGCCGCGCUGCUCUCCGCCAAGGACUGGAAGCGCGGCGCCGCCGACAUGUUUCUCAAGAAGAACUGGCCGUACUCCCUGCUGGAGGCGCUGUCGCCCCGCACGGAGGCGUCGGCGCCCCCGCGGCGCCGCGCGCGCGCCCCCGGCGGCGCCGACCCGCCGCCCUCGUCGCUGGAGGCCGGCCUGUUCCUGCGGAACUUCAGCGAGGACUCCACGCCCACCGAGAUCGUGGCCGCGUUCAAGCAGGCCGAGCACCGGGAGCUGCAGGCCGUCAAGGAGCUGAGGUCGCGCAACAUGCGCAAGGAGGUGCGCGCGCCGGCCUCGGCCAACGUGUCCUUCUGCGUGUGCCAGAAGCGCCAGUACGGCGUCAUGACGCAGUGCGAGCUCUGCAAGGACUGGUUCCAUGCGGCGUGUAUAGCCUUGGCCAAAGAGGAGAAGGAGUCGUCGCCGGAGAGGGAGCGCGCGGCCGAGUCGCCGUUCGGCGCCGCCGAGCCCAAGUUCCUCUGCCCUGACUGCGUGCGCACCAAGCGGCCGCGUCUCGACCGCAUCCUCGCUCUCCUGGUGUGGCUGCAGAAGCUGCCGGUGCGGCUGGCCGAGGGCGAGGCGCUGCAGUGCGUCACGGAGCGCGCGAUGGCGUGGCAGGACGCCGCGAGGGCCGCGCUCGCCAGCCCGCUGCUGGCCACGCUGCCCACGCCGCACGACCACGAGAGAUCGCUGGCCACGGGGCGCGCGCACGAGGCGGCGGCGGCGGCGCGCUGCCGCGCGUCGGCCAGCGUGGAGCACGCCUACAGCGCGUCGCCGCGCUCGCCCGGGCCCGGCUGCGGCGCGCGCGUGGCGCCCGGCCUGCUGCACAAGCUGGAGGAGCUCAUGCUGGAGGGCGACCUGCUGGAGGUGCGGCUGGAGGAGCAGGCGCAGCUGUGGGGCGCCGUGCUGGCGGCGCGCGGCGCCGAGGGCCGGCGCUGCUCGCGCGUGCUGGACGCCGGCCGCCGCAAGCGCGCGCAGCGCCAGCCGCGCCCGCACCGCCAGCUCAAGCGCACGCGCCCGCCGCUGGGCGCCGCCAAGGCCAAGCGCCAGGCCGCCACCACCACCAACUACCUCAACCGGAAACAGGGCGUGUCGUCGGGGUCGGGCCUGAUGAUGCGCAAGCACUACAUGGCGCGCCAGGAGCGCCGGAAGCGCGGCCUCGCCCCCGCCGCCCGGGGCAAGCACCCCCGGCAGGCCCGGAUGACUGCGCAAAACCGCGCUACGACGUCGACGGCCGCGAACGGGCGACGAGGGAACAGCGCCGCGGGGCAGAGCUCAUCGUCGUCAGCGUCCUCGGCGGAGGACGAGGAAGACUGCGCCGCCAACAACUGCCUUCGGCCCACAGGCAAGGAAGUGGACUGGGUACAGUGCGACGGCGGUUGCGACCAGUGGUUCCACAUGCACUGCGUGGGUUUGGCCCGCGGAGCCCUUCGCGACGACGACGAGUACGUGUGUGGCGCCUGCGCAGCGCGGCGGAAGACCAAGGAGGCCGCCACUAGCGCCGAUAAGUAGAUCGCAGCGGUCAGUCGGUGCCACUAAAUUGUGAUACGCAUGAGAUUGUCUUUGGUGAUAAAAAGGUGAACGAUGAACUCUAACGGAGUUUUGUGUUGUCUAUGGGCUAUGUAAAGAUGAACUAAAGUUAUUUGUGGAUUGCAGUGGAUGUGCGACGAGGAACGUUUUAAAAAAGGUAAAUUAAAAGGUGAAUUACAAAUAAAUUCUUAUAUCUAUUUACAUCAUUUGUAAAAUAUAAUGUAAAUGUAAAUAUGGACUUCCAAGGGAGAACAUUAUC